UGAGGAGGAUGCGGAGAGGCUGCACAACAUCACUUUCUCCCUCCUUCCGCGCAUCGGCUCGCUGAACGGACGCAAAGGAGCGAGAGAGAGAGACUAUUACCGGACAAAAGUGUCAUGUUAAGGCUGCAAUAACUUAUAACAAUCAGAUCGUUGAGGGCGAGGCGAUCAGAGCAACUCUGACCGGACGAAGGACGACUAGGAAAUUUUGCCGUUUUAUACGUCCACCAUCAUCGGACUAUAUCUUCACCCAACUCUGGAGUUAUCAUCGUCGUUGCUGCGGACUGAUGGGAUGCAAAGAUUGUAGUCCGAAUCUUAAAACCCUCCCGAGGCUCCAUAUGGACACGAUUCCAGCUCUCCGUGGUGACAUUGAGUGACAGGUACACGUCAAAAAAAGGAGCCCCGGAUCAACUUCCCGCCGGGUUUUAAAGUCUGGAAUAUUUGGAUCGAUGGUUCUCAUAAGACCGAGGAAGAAACGCACUUAAGUCCGGCAAAAUGUUCAAAAGCGGGUGUGGACUGGAGUUCCUGCUGGUCCUGUGUGGCCUGGAGUUCUCCUGGUCUUGCCCCCACCACUGCAUCUGCUACACGGCCCCAAGCACCGUCUCUUGCCAGGCGCACAACUUCCUGUCUGUCCCCGAAGGCAUCCCGCCCGACAGUGAACGCAUCUUCCUCCAGAACAAUAAGAUUCACCGGCUACUUAAAGGGCACUUCAGCAGCGACACGGUGACACUCUGGAUCUACUCCAACAACAUCACGUACAUCGAGCCCUCAACCUUCCACGGGUUCACGCUGCUGGAGGAGCUGGAUUUGGGAGACAACCGCCACCUGCGCUCCCUGGCUGAAGACACCUUCCACGGGUUGAGUCGACUCAGUGCUCUACACCUGUACCGCUGUGGACUCAGCUCACUUCCCAAUAACAUCUUCCAAGGACUAAGAAGCCUGCAAUAUCUCCAUUUACAGCAAAAUCAUUUGAAGUUCCUUCAAGAUGACACAUUUGCCGACCUCCAUAACCUGAGCCACCUGUUCCUACACGGAAACCACCUGUGGAGACUCAACCAGAACACUUUCAGGGGUCUUCGGUCCUUGGAUCGUCUCCUUCUGCACCAGAACCAGAUCGAGUGGGUUCACCACUUGGCGUUCCAUGAUCUCAAACGUCUCACCACCCUCUACUUGUUCAACAACUCCCUGGUGCAGCUGUCAGGCCAGUGCCUGGACAUGCUGCCCGCCCUGGAAUACCUGCGCCUCAAUGACAAUCCCUGGUCCUGUGACUGCAAGGCCCUCACGCUAUGGGAGUGGUUAAAACGCUUUAGGGGAUCGACGUCUUCUGUGGGUUGUAUGGCGCCUGUUGAUUUGGUCGGGAAAGACCUAAAGGAGCUUCGCAAGGAUGACUUCUCCAACUGUUCGCCCAAUUCUGAAUCCAGAGCCCAGACCAACAACUUGUCUGGCACUGUCAGCCCACCGUCCAUGAAUCGAGGCGUAGUGGCGAGCUCCGGGGGCCAAAGCAAUGUGGUGCACCCGUCGAGGCCCGGCCGUCCUCGCAACUGCCAGAAGACUCGCAAUCGGGGAAGCAAGGGGAAGAACGACAAUGAGGUCCACCACUCGAAGGAGGUCAUAGUGGACAAGGAGGACUCUUCUCCAGAUUUCUCCGACGGAGGGAAACAUGAUCACACGUCACCAGAUGGCACCGUCACAAGGAGGAAGCACAAGUGUGUUCCGCGGACCACUGUCCGACCCCCGAGUGGGGUUCUGCAAGCCAACAACAGGGCGCCCUUAUCCCGGCCUUUAAUACACAUCUACGCCCUCGUGGUUGCCUUGACAACAAACACAGACUUUAUUCUCCGCUGAGCUACAGAGGCUUUGGUAAAAGGUCACAAUCAACAAUAUAGUCCAAAAACAAUCCUCUCUUGCUCCUGCACUACAAGGUCCGUGUGUCCUUUACGUGUGUGUGUGUGUGUGUGUGUGUGUGUGUAUGAGUGUGAUUAAGUGUACAUGUUGUGUAGGAAGCGUAACCAUUCAGAUGAGCACAAGCAUCAAACGUCCACAACGGAAAGUACCGCCAGGAGUUCAGAUAGCGGAUUCAUGCAGACCGAGCGGGCACUGCCAAUGAGGCUAGCUUUCAUUAUCACGUGUCCUUUUGUCGGUACGAGCUCUGGACCUCAAAUAACCAAAUAAGUGAUGAGGAAGGCGAGAAUUGUACAAGUCAAAUGUGGUCUUAUUGCUUGAUCAUUUGUGGCAUGCAUCCUAUCAAUGGGUCCCAAAGUGAAAGUUUGAGCAUAAGUAAUUAUUACCCGAACCGGGAAUGUAACUAUUCCUUCAAGAAAAUGGAAUAUAUAGCCACUGCUGAUUUAAGGCCAUAAUUAAUAGGCUCAAACAUCGUAAGCUAACGAUUUCCCCCAGCAUUGGCUACUGGUUUUUGAAGCUCUGUCAGGAUGCUGAGGACUGCCAUUUUCAUUUAAGAGGAAUCCGUGCGUCUGUCUGUACUUUGUGCUUGUUCGUUUUGCAUUUUUUUUAAGACACAGAAUGGACCUACGGUAGUGUUGAAUCCAUACUGCGGGGCCCAGUAGGAGGGGUCCAACGGGGGCUUUAUCAGUUCUCCGGUGAGCUGAGAACUGAGCAUUGCUCCAGACAAGCUCCGUCUCUCGCUGGCAAUGUGAGGAUUUUCUUUUUUCUGAGUCACUUAAAUGGCAUACAAGACUUAAGAAAAGAAAAAAAAACAACCUAUGUGUGCAUAAGUAAAUGGUGUGGUCCAAUACAAUAUAAAACAACAUUUGAAAAGGAGCAUGGAUUAUAAAAAAUGGAGUCAAGUGAGACCCUCAUUCAGGACCAGGACUUCAUACGAUGACUAGAGAGGUCUGAAAGGGAUGCUGUACAGAAUACGACAUGGAACUUGUGGAGUUUACGUGCCUCCGUCUAAUGGACUGACAUGAUGGUCUUUGUAUCGACCAUGUAACAACAGAACAGUGCUGAUAUUAAACAUUUAACUGUCUUACGAUGAGAAAAAAAAAAAGAUCACUGGCAUCAAUUAUGAUAACAGGGUUUUGGCUCCUUAAAUCAGGAGCCCUUUUAUUUCGUCCAAUUAUUUUCCAUGGUCUAUUUUCCGAAGCGUCAUUUUGUCAAUGCACAGUUGUCACUCGUGUCUUUUCUCGUUCUCUCGUUUCGCAUUUGUGUCUUUCUUUGCCGCCGUGAUUCCCUUGUUCUGCGCGGCCUCACCCAAGACUACAAAAAAAAUGUUUAUAAAGAUAUUAAAAUCUAUAACUUCUUAUGU